AUGAGUUCAUCACCGCCGCGCUCCGCUUCGCCCCAGAAACUGAGCCCUGGCUUUGAGAACAGCACCAUUCAGAAACAGAGGCACGAACUGCAGCUUUUAAUUGCAGAACUGAAGGAUCGUGAGAAGGAGCUCAACGACAUGGUUGCAGUGCACCAGAGACAGCUUCUGGCCUGGGAAGACGAUCGGCAACGAGUACUGACCUUAGCAGAACGGUGCAACAUCCUAGAAAAUGAGCUGCACAAGAGAAAUGAAAUAAUAAAAACACUAACCCAAAGGUUAAAGGUCCUAGAAUCCCAGCAGAAUGACAGUAAGACAACGCUUGAACAUACACAGCAGAAGUUUAAAGAGCUCUCUCAAAAAGCAACAGACACAACUCUUCACUGCCAGGUGCUGGAGGAGAAAAAUCAAAAUCUCAACUGCUCCGUGUUGGAACUGUCUGCUAAAAUAGGCCAGCUGCAAGCCAGGGAGCAGGAGCUUCUUACUAUGCUCAAGUUGAAGGACAAGGAUAUACUUGAAGCAACUGAUCACAUUACUGAAUUUACAUCAAAAUUCAAACAGUUGGAGAGUGCACUGCGUGCUGCUAAGUCAGAGGAAUUCAGUAUCAACAAAGAAAAGCAGGACUUCAAACUGAGACUGAAGGAACUGCUGCUUGAAACAAAUAAGCUGAAAGAUGACCUCUGUGAAAAGAUGAAGGAAAAUAAUGACCAGCGGGAAGAAAUCAUGAACCUCAAAGAAGAGAAUGGCUACUUGAAGAAUGAGCUUGCGCUUAGUGUUGAGAAAGCAAAUAGAAAGGACCAACUUCUUCAGUUUGCCAAAUCUAAACAAGUACGGACUGAUACAGAACUAUCAAGUUUGCGGCAGCAGAUUUAUGUAAAACAGCAACGUGACUUGCAAUUUCUUCAUUUCAACUUGGAGAGUUCACAGGAAUUAAGGCAAAAGCAUGAAAAGAAGACACAUGAAAUACGCACAGGUAUGGCAUUCCCUGCCCCUGAAAGUAACAGCGAAGCACAGACUAUUAGGAGGAAGGGCACCGUGUGCGAGGAAGGUGGAACUGCACAGGCUCAGCAGUGUAGGCUAAAAACCAUCUCUGAGCUGGGUGAAGCAGAGAACAGACUGUUACUGAAUGCUUCAGACUUGGAGAAAGCCACCUCAGCACACUUAAAUCGGUGUCAAAAAGUUGUGAAAGGCUUGGCUGUCCUCGUGGAAGAGGAGGAACAGCAGGAUGUUGCAUCAAGCUCUGAUGAGCCAGGCAGCAAAGUAUUUUGUGGGACAAACAACACAAGGCCUUUGAGAAAUUGGGAAAUUUCCGAGAAUGGAUUGGAAAGUGGAGACCAUCAAACCUUUGAGUCGGCCUUACCUGUAUGUGAGCAUUGGCCUAACUUCAAUUCUUGUGUAGAUUCACAAAGUACUUCCAUCCAGGACACUAUCAAAUCUGACAAAUCUGAUUAUGAAGAUAAAAACUGGGAAGAGAGAAAUGGAAUUUUAUGCAGCUCAAAAAGCAGAGACACACUUAAUGUAAUUCACAAGCCUGAAUCUGAUUCCUGUAGUAAUAACUUCAUCAUAAAAAAAGCUGCAUGGUGGAAGCCUGUAACAGAUCUGGAAUGGAUGAAGAUUUUCAAACCCAUAAAAGGAAGUGGAAAUACAUGGCACAGAAAACCUUGCAACUGUCUCAAGACUGCAGAGGAGAAAAAGUGUGCCAGCCCCAUAAGUGAAGGAAAUGCAGAGCUGAAUUCUUUUCAGUUGGAUUCUCCCUGUCGUUUGACAUCCACUCAAAAAGGAGGCAGGCCUCAAAGAUUCUCCGAUGCAGACUUCCUUCUGGAGAUGGGCAACCUCUCAGCCAUUCAGCCAAGCAAGAGAUGCUGCCAUCCUACUAUUGACCAAGAGGCCUGUUCCAGCACAACUAAGCUGCAGCAUUUGCUGGCCGAGUCCCGACAGAUGGUUGCUGAUCUGGAGCUUAGCCCUCUUCUCCGCACAAGCCCUCGCCGCAGCCCGAACAGCAGCAGUGUUAAUGCGACAACAGAGCUCGCAGAGGCUCUUUGCAGAUCACCAUUGCCAGCUGCAGAGGAAAGCGAGGCUAAACUCCCAUUCUUUUCUCUGUGAUCUUGAGUGAGUAUGAAG